AUGGAAGAUGCAAAUGACACCACAGAGAUAAACUUCAUUCUUUUAGGACUCUUUAACCACACUCUGACCCAUGUGUUCCUCUUUUCCAUGGUGCUCACGAUAUUCCUCACCUCGCUGAUGGGCAAUACUCUCAUGAUCCUGCUCAUCCAUGAGGACCCCCAGCUGCACACACCCAUGUACUUCUUGCUUAGCCAGCUCUCCCUUAUGGACAUGAUGCUGGUCUCCACCAUAAUCCCCAAAAUGGCAACCAACUACCUGAUGGGCACCAAGUCCAUCUCUCCUGCUGGCUGUGGAACUCAGAUCUUCCUGUUUCUCACUCUGGGAGGUGGUGAAUGCUUCCUCUUAGCAGCUAUGGCCUAUGACCGCUACGUGGCCAUAUGUCACCCCCUUCGCUACCCCAUCCUCAUGAAUCAGAAGCUCUGCUUGCACAUGACCACAGGCUCCUGGCUUCUGGGAGGGGUGGAUGGACUGAUACAGGCUGGUGCCACUCUGAGCUUCCCUUACUGCCAUUCUCGAGAAAUCAACCACUUCUUUUGUGAGGCACCCUCUCUAGUGCGCCUUGCCUGUGAUGACACUACAUUUUUUGAGUUUUUCAUGUAUGUGUGCUGCAUCCUGAUGCUCUUGAUCCCUCUUUCUCUCAUUUUGGCCUCCUACAGUCUCAUUCUGGCUGCUGUGCUCCACAUGCGGUCCACUGCAGCUCAGAAGAAAGCCUUUGCCACCUGUUCCUCUCAUCUGGCUGUGGUGGGGCUCUUCUAUGGCACUCUCAUAUUCAACUACAUGUGGCCCAAAUCUUACCGUUCAGUGGCCCAUGACAAGGUGGUCUCUGCUUUUUACACCAUCUUCACACCUGUGUUGAACCCCCUUAUAUACAGUGUGAGGAAUAAAGAAGUCAAGGGGGCUUUGAGAAAGUGGCUGGAGAAACAUUUUCUGGGACGUCUAUAA